GUUUAGCACAGUGUGUCGCAGGACGUUUAUCCAUGACUCGCCGAAGGUUGCGUGACCUUCAACAGAAUACAUAUCUGGUAGGACUUAUAACCGCACAGCAUGCAGGAGGCAGUUGCAGUUCGACUGUUCGCAGGUGCAGUACCAGAGGAUCCGGUUCAGGUCGAUCGGAAUCGCCUCGACGGUUUAAUGGAAAUUGUGGCCACACGAUUAAUGGAUGUGGUUCCUGAGGGAUUCAAUUUUGAUGGAUACCGUACUGGAGGAUCCGGUUUGGGCCAAGCGGGGUCAGCUCCAGAAUCGAAAGCAAAAUGUGACCGGCCCUGAUCUUCGGUGUUUCGAAACUACUGCGAACAUAAACUUCGCAAAAGUAUUGCGGAGUAAACUUCGCAAAAAUACUGCGAAGCUGCACCAGGGAGUAAUCUUCCCUAAGCUGGCUUCUUCGAUGGCUGUUGCGGAGCCAUCGUGCGUGAGAUCUUCAUGCCACAUUCGAUUACUCACGUAUUUGGUAUUGAGCAAUUUUAUGGUCGGCGUGGCUAGUUUUCAAUUCAUGAAUUUUUUACAGAAUUGGCGACAAAGGUGUCCCAUGAUAUUUGCAAAUGAAACCGAACAAUUGCAAGCAUUGUUAAAUGAAAACUUGGCACAAACACAAGAGAAACUUGCAACACAAUUAGGAGUCGAUCGAAUAACAAUUUCCAGACGAUUGUACGAGAUGAGAAAGAUCAUGAAAUUGGAAAUUGGAUAUUAUAAGUCUCGGAGAGUCUUUCACCUCGACGGCAAAACCGAAUAUUCACGCCAAGAAGAUUCUUUUUUGUCUGGUGUCUGGUGGGACGCGAAGAGUGUGCUUUACUACGAGCUGCUGGAGCCAGGUCAAACGAUUAAUGUCCAACGCUACAGCGACUAA